UCACCGAUUCGGGGAAACACCGCGGUGCAGCGCAAGAAAUGUCAAACAAGUGCAAAAGAGUGCUCAACAAACUUUCAUUUUUGUACAAGAAAAAAGGAAGAAUCAACACUGAAAACUACAUCAAAUCCUUCUACAUCAAUCCAAGAAUCUAAUUAAACUGCAGGAAAGAAGAUAUCAACAGCAUUAGAAAUACUACAGUUAUGAGUGAAUGGACAGUUUGCCGUUUGUGUCUUCAGUCUAACCAGAAUUCAAUGAAAUGCUUAAUGGAUCUUACCCACAAUAGCAUACCUUUCUGCAAUAUAUUUUUUGAACUUGUCGGUACAACAUUCACAGACUAUUCAGCAUUUCCUGGAUUCAUUUGUCCUAGUUGCGAAGAUCACAUGAUUCAAGCUUACAAUUUUCGCAACAAAUGCAUAGAAAUUGAAGAAAAACUCAAAGAGCUCUUUAGUGAUGGAUCUGAAGUAAUCAGUAUUGAUUUCAUUACUGUUGCUAAAGAAGUUGAGACUGAAGAAAAGAAAUCGGAUGUGGAGAUUAAAGUAGAACCAGAGGAUUCAACAAGUGAUAACCAAGCAGAUGUUAGUGCAGAAAUAGAACCAGAAGAACAAAGUUCUAAACCACAGAAACCUCCUAAACCCAAACGAUCAAUAUAUGAAUUAUCUGAGAAGGAUUUGGUAGAAUUCGAAUUAAAAAUAAUUCAGUGUAAAAAGUGUGAAGAGAGGUUUAGGGGCGUAAAAAAGUUCAAAAACCAUCCUUGUGUUUCAUCCGAUUUAUCAGUUAAGAAUAAUGAAGAAGAUGAAGGUGAUAAAGUUUCAAUUGAACAGGAAGAGAAGUCAAAAGAAAUCAGAAAAAAAUCUUACAAAUGCGAUCAAUGUGAUAAAUUUUACACAAAUAGAAAUACAUUAGCACUACAUAAGGAUAAACACACCAAUUUAAUGCGAUAUGCUUGUGUUUACUGCGACAAAAAAUUCAGAUGCUGGGUAUCAAGACGAACCCACAUUUUUAAGUUUCAUCUGAAGAAGAGUUAUUGCUAUUGUAAUCACUGUGGCAAAGGAUUCAAUACGCACAACGAAAUGAAUAAUCAUAUUCUUCUGCGUCAUUCGUCAGAAGAUAUGGUUCAGUCAGUGUCCUAUCAGUGUGAAAAAUGUGGAAGUGUUUUUAAAAAUCUUGAAAAAUUGAGCGAACACUUAAGACAUCAACACGGUCGUAAAGUAAAGUGCGAAAUUUGUGGAAAGUUUCUCAAAAACAGAAAGAGCUACAAUGUCCACAAAAAGAUACAUUUGGAUGAGAAAAACUACGUCUGUCCGGUAUGCUCUGAAGGAUUUACCUGGAAUGCUUCGAUGAAAAAUCAUGUUCGGACGAAUCAUCCAAAUCAUGUCCAUCUUCUGCCACCGAGCGGUACUAUUGUUAGCAAAAAUUUCUUGAAAAAUAGAAUAAUUUUUGAUAAUAAAUGAUCGAUAUCGCAAUAAAAAAUGUGUAAACAGGA